UGUUCAUUGAUUUAAAAUGGAAGCUUCUAGUGGAAUUAGUCCUAGAAAUCCCAACAAGCAUGAUGUUGAUGAUGACCCAUAUCAAAAUGUUCACACUGAAUCACUCGACCAUAGCAUUCGAUCUGAUCAUCAGUUUCAUUCCACCAGUGCAUUGGAAAUUCUAAGAGAAACUGUUCGAAUUCUUCGAUACAAUUUGAUUGGAUUCAUGGGUAUUGCAGCUUUCCUUGUAUGUCCUGUAUCAACUGUUCUUUUAUCCAAUGUGUUAGUUGAUCAAUCCAUUGUCAAGAGACUCACUAUAAGGCUUUUGUUAGUGGCCAAGUCCAGUGGACUUCCUCUUAGGCCUUUUAUCAAACAAUCUUGCCAAAAGUUUUCAGAGAUGGUCAUUUCAUCAACAAUGUGCUUCCCUUUGUAUAUCACAUUGUCUCUCUUGUCGAAAGCCGCGAUCGUUUACUCGGUGGAUUGUACUUAUUCAAGAAAGAAAUUUGAUGUGUCCAAGUUCUAUGUAAUUGUUACUAAGAUUUGGAGGCGUCUCGUUUCGACAUAUUUGUGGGUGUGUAUGGUGAUUACUGGUUGCCUUACACUGUUUCUUGUUCUUCUGGUUGCUGUGAGCAGCUUAUUUUCGAUAAUUGGGUUUGGUUCUGAUUUAAUUGUUUAUCUCGCGAUGAUAGCAGGGCUUGUGUUCUCAGUCAUUUUCGCAAAUGCUAUCAUAAUUUGUAACAUUGCUAUUGUAAUCUCUGUAUUGGAGGAUGUUUCAGGCCCUCUGGCAUUGUUGAGUUAUAGUCUCCUAACUUAG